CGUUCUUCUCGUUCGAACUCUUUCGAGAGCUGUGGGCUGCGUGAAACGCUCGAGUUUUGAUCCACUGCAGCGAUGGUGAAACACAAUAAUGUUAUUCCCAAUGGACAUUUCAAGAAGGAUUGGCAGAACUAUGUCAAGACAUGGUUCAACCAGCCCGCACGCAAGAAGAGAAGAAGAACCGUCCGUCAGAAGAAGGCCGUUACUAUCUUCCCUCGUCCUACCGCUGGUGCUUUGCGUCCUGUAGUUCGUUCGCAAACCCAGAGGUAUAACAUGAAAGUUCGCGCCGGACGCGGAUUCACUUUCGAGGAGUUGAAGGCUGCUGGAAUCUCUAAGAAACUCGCAGGCACCAUCGGGAUCGCUGUGGAUCAUCGUAGGAAGAACAAAUGCUUGGAGAGUCUCCAAGCUAACGUGCAAAGAUUGAACACAUACAAGGCCAAGCUCGUCGUCUUCCCGAGAAGAUCGCGCAAGGUCAAGGCGGGUGAUUCUACUGCCGAGGAGUUGGCUUCCGUCACCCAACUGCAAGGACCUGUACUGCCUAUCAUCAGUGAGAGGCCUGCGGUGGAGCUUGUUCCUAUUACCGCAGAGAUGAAGAAUGCUAAGGCUUACGCCAAAAUCCGUCUGGAGAGGAUGAACGCAAGGUUGGUUGGUGUUCGCAAGAAGAAAGCAGCAGAGGCCGAGAAAGAGGAGAAGAAGCCCUAGAUGCGAAAUUAGGAAGAUGAGUACCGAAAACUCAUGUAGUACUUCGGUACGUAUUCACCUGAGAGUAGAAGCGGCCAGCCUUUUGAAGGCUCAAUUUUUUUCUCAAAUUGCGCGAGUAUUCUGUAUGUCACUCACGAUAUCUUUUAAGAGCUAUUUUUCCCCCACGGAGAUAUUGAUAUGCGAUCUUUCUCCUUACCUUGUUCAGGUACGUCACUGUCGUUUGACGUACCUGGGAUGUUAUCGUGUUAUUUUUUUCAACAACAGUGCGAUGAAACUGAAUGACAGUAGCUUCACCA